ACCAAAUUGUGUGUCUUUCGUUAUCCUCAAAACUCAUCUUCUUCCGCCAUAGCCACAAUGCUCAGUCUCUCUAUUGCCUCGCCGGGGACGGCGGUGACUUUCCUCCGAGGAACUGGUCCAGCGAAUUCAACCUCUUCUUCGUUCCACGGUGUCAGAAUCCAGCACCAUGUCUCUGCUCGCGUGCCCGCGGCGGCGGCGAUAUCUUGUAAUGGUAAACCUUUGGCGGUGAUGAUGUCGAAAAGAGAGGCGGAGUUGAAAGAAAUCAGAGCGAAGACGACGGAGGAGCUUAACGAGGAGGUGAUUGACCUUAAAGGAGAGCUCUUUAUGCUCCGUCUCCAGAAAUCGGCGAGGAACGAGUUCAAAUCAAGCGAGUUCCGCCGUAUGAAGAAACAAGUAGCGAGGAUAUUGACGGUGAGAAGAGAGAGGGAGAUAGAAGAAGGGAUAGGGAAGAGGUUGUCGAGGAAACUUGACAGGCAGUGGAAGAAGAGCAUUGUUGUCAGACCACCUCCUUCUCUCAAGAAGCUUCAAGAGGAAGAAGCUGCUGAAGAGGCUGCUGAAGCUGCCAAAUCUGCCUGAAAACCCCACCCAUUGUAUUUUGAUGGUCGCUCUCUUCUCUUCUUGUUGUUUCCUCGGGAUGUUACUCUCUGUUGCUGGAAACCAUGCUAUUUUGUUGUUGUUCUGUUGGUGUAAAAACUUUGUUCAUUAAGCAGUUUACAUAAUUUCUAUGACUCAACGAAAAA